CUCUCUCUUUAUUUUUGCAUAGUUUUUAUUAUUAUUAUUUAUAAAACAACAUGGCUGAAGUUGAAACGAAAAAGAAGCAAGUCUCUGCUGAUGACUUUGAAGAUGAUUUCCAAGAGGAGGAAGCCGUUUUCUCUGAUAACGAACCUGCGAUCGAGGAUGAGGAAACACCUGCUGUAAAGCGUAAAGCACCGGAAUCUGAGGAACCUGUCAAAAAGAAGAAGAAGCAACAAAAGAAGAAGAAGAUCUCGAACAAUCCUUUCGAUACGAUUAAUAUUUGGGACGAAACACCUGAAAUUCAAGCUGCUUAUUUAGAGGAUCGCCAAAAGAUUGCUUUACCCAAGUUGUCUGCUGUUGAAUUAGAAGAACAACAGUUACCUGAAUCAGCUCUUGUCAAUAACGAAAACUUUAAACAAGAACACGUCUUAGAUGCUUUACCCAAUUUCAUCAAGUUUGGUGUUGCAGGUCACAAGAAAUUAGGAAAGAAACCUACUGUGCUUGCAAGCCCUGUUGCUUUAAUCAUUACACACUCCGCUGUUCGUGCAGUUGAUCUUGGCCGUGCAUUGAAAGAAUUCAGUGAAACUGCCAAGGUUGCCAAGUUAUUCGCUAAACAUUUCAAGAUUGAAGAUCAAGUUUACUUUUUAGAGCAUGAAGCUAUUCAUAUGGGUAUCGGAACACCCAACCGUCUUCAAGCACUUGUUGAAGGAGGACAUUUGAAGUUGGAUCAAUUGGAAUUGGUGGUGAUUGAUACCGAGAGAAACCCCAAAAAGUUUAAUAUCUUUGAUAUCCAAGAGGUUCGAACUGAUCUUUUCAAAUUUCUCGGCACUUAUAUCUCUCCUUUGAUGAAGGAAGGUAAAGCAAAGAUUGGCUUAUUCUAGAAAAGCAACCCUUGCAUUCUCUCUCUUUCUCUCUUAAAUAUUAUCACACUUGUACACAGUUUAUCCCCAUUUUAUUAUUAAAGCAAAAAGCAUUUAUCCUUUCUCUUUUAAAGUCGCGGUAGAUGAAUGUGUUGAUGGGAGAGGCUGUG